AAUUAUAAUUCAUCAGUUAAUUCACGGAUUUCAUCUAAGCAGAACAAGUGUCUUAUUGCAAAAAUGAAAUUCCUAGUGAUUUCUUUCUUAGUGAUGGGAGCUAUGGCUGAACUUCCUCGCUUCCGACCAGCGAGGUUUAGGUUUCAACGUCAGGAACUAGCCCCAACUACUACAGAAUCUCCAGUUGAAUCCACUACGGACGGCGCCUCUGGUCCUUACCCUCCGUCGGGCUGGAGACCAUCUGGAGCUCAGUUCACCUUGCCACAGGAAACUACCGCUGCGCCCUCGGAUACUUAUGGACCUCCCACCGAGAAUGGUCCCUACCCACCCUCAGGAUGGAAGCCGGACGGUCAAGCGUUUACACUGCCACAGGAAAUGUCUCCGCCGGAGACAAGCUACGGAGCACCAGAGAGCGCAUACGGGGUUCCUGACAAUAGCUAUGGACCACCAUCUACGGACGCCACUACAACCGACAAUCCAGAAGCUGAAAAGCUGGACGGUCCAGUUGAGGUUCAGAAAAGCGUCGGCACAUACUACGUACUGCUACCGAACGGACAGUUGCAGAGAGUCGAGUUUGUCACCGAAAAUGAUAUUCAAAAUAUGAAAUACACAGCGAGGCUCCAGCUCCGGGAGCGAGCGCCUUUGUAUGUUUUUGGACCGUAAAUAUUUUGUCACGUCGGUGUUCGCUGUAUACAACAUGUCUGCUAAAAAAAAAACCUUACUAAUUAUUUAAUUGAAGAAUUCAAUAAAUAUCCGAUGAAUACAA